AUACGACGUAAGGAUCACUCGUCGCCGGAUUACAAUCGUUUUCAUUCUAACCAGAAACUUCAAGUAAGUAUAAAUUGCUUUUACUGUGACUUUUUUCAUCCUUGUACUUAAUUUAAAAUCUCAAACAGAGCCGUAAUCAGACAUUUUAAAUGAUGAAAUUUAGUCUGCUGUUUGUCGCAAAAUUGUGCGCCAAAAUACUUUCUCUUUGAAUUUUAAAAUCGGAAUACUCGAACAAAGUUGAAAGCUACUUAUAAACUUUACACAAGAGGAAAUUGUUGGUUUUUCAUGUAAUGGAUAAAGUACACAGCGAACGCAGUAAACGUCUGUUUUGUUUCUUAUCUGUCGAUGGUGCGAAGGGAAACACGUCAUACCUUAAAUUAUCUUUUAUAUUUCUUUUUUCACAAGCAGAGUGGCUUAGACGGAAAUUUAGAAUGCGCAUUGAUCAAUGUCUGCUAAUAUGUGUUAUUUUUUUUGAUAUCGAAAACUUUUAAUGAUAAGGGAUACCCUUCUCUAUUUAAACCAAAAUCCGUGAAAAAAAAAAGAUUGACUCGAUAAUUUAGGCCUUUCGACUUUUCCGGAUAGAAGGUGAUGUUGAGACAGAUAAUUAUAACAUCAUAAAAUUUAAUGAAAACUGGAGGAAACUUUGCCUUUUCUUUAGAUUCUCCUUGCGCACUAAACCUACACUGCAUUCUGAUAAUUCACCUUUUCUUCCUUUUUCCGGAAAUUGAAGUUCCAUUCAUUAAUAAUCUCCGUAAACUGUGUCUUGUUUAAACGGGAUAUCGACAGGACUAACCUGAGUUAUUUGGGAUCUCUUUCAAAGCAAAUAAAUGGCGUUUAGGUUUAUUUGCAAGACAUGAACGCAAAUAGAACACUAUUGCACGAAAUUGAAUUCUCAGAAACUUUGCAAAUGCGAUAUUUUAAUUUACAUUUUCGUGAAACACAAAAUGCGUAUAUAGCGCUGGAAAAAAAUUGACCCGCAUGCGCAGACUGCAUUCAGCUUAAAGGGAAAUGAGCAAACAAAUAAAAUUAUCAGACAUAGGGAAAGAAGGUGAUCGCUGAACAACUCUUCACGCACCGGUUUCAGUGUAAAGAGCAUGUAGGGCACGUUCAAGGCAACUGGGGCUCAAGCUGUGCAUUUGAUUGAAUUUUUCAGAAUGUUUGAGGACAAAGUAAUCAACUCCACUCGCAGAUUGUGAUGGAUGUCUGCGUAUGACGUAAAAAAGCGACAAAAAUACGAGGCGAAACGUACGAGAUAAAGAACAUUUACGAAGGAAAGAAGAAAAAAAAACAACAUCGAGACAGUGGUUGAAGUUCAAAAUAUGAGUAUUGUAGCAGUGGUUUUGCUGUCAGUUCUGGACGUAUUCGCUGCCCUAACCAACACCGCUAUCCUAUGCCUUGUACUGCCAAGAACAUGUAUGCGUACAGUCAGUAAUUUAUUUCUCGUAGGUCUGUCAUUGACACAGUUUUUGAUGACGGUCUUAGUGAUUCCAUUUUCAAUAGUCACCCUCUCGCAACAGUCAUGGCAGUUUGGUGAAGGAUUUUGCCAAUUUCAGGGAUUUUUUACUAUUUUUCUCUCCAUUUCCUCUGCCACAUUCAUUUCUGUUAUUGCAGUGGACAGAUAUUUUUCACUGGCUAACCCGAUGAGCCAUACUGCCAGAGUUACAUCGACACAUGUCCUCUUCACUUCGAUAUUCAACUGGUUUCGCGCUGCGUUUUGGGCAGCUUUUCCUCUUUUCGGCAUCGAUGGACUCAAGUACAAAUUUGUUCCUUCGAUAAAUGGCUGCAGAUUCCGUUUGGAUCUUAAAGGCUCGUACUCUAUUUACUAUUAUUUUAUCGCCAUGGAGAGUUUCCUUCUCACGUCCUUCACAUUGUGCAUAAUGUAUUUCAAGAGCUUUCAAACCGCGCGCAAUAGCGCUCGUCAAGUUCGACCAGGGAAUAUACAAAUCCAGGUUUUACAGAAUGGCGAAUUCACUUCGGUAGCACAAACAAAAAACAGUUUUCAAAGUUUGAAAGCGAAUGUUACCUUGGCACUAAUCAUUGGGUCUUUUUUGCUGACGAGAGGUCCGCUGGCGAUUUUCAACAUCGUCACCAGCUUCACUAGUGAAGGAUAUUUUUCCGCCGGUACGGAAACGACUGUGUAUUUUAUGGUAUUUUUAGGGCCAUUACUAGAUUCCCUUGUGUAUGUUUUGCUCAACCGAAAGCUGCGAAAAGAGGUUUUUCUUAUUCUGCGCAAGUGUGUCAAAAAAAGAUCGGUUGAAGAAGAACCCAAAGACAUUGUCGAUUAUUUGAGGACGCUAACUGAUAACUAUGUUUCUACGAGAAAUUCAUCCACAGAAAUCAGUUGA